CUUGAACCACAGAGGAUAUGAAAGUGGAAGUAUCCUCACACGGAGCGCCCGAAAUCAUGACUUGUGAAACAAACACCCCGUUUGAAAGCAAGACAUUGAGCACACUGAGCCAAUAAAAGUGAAACUUCAUUGUGUGCCAACUCUUAAUAGUCACUUGAUAAGACAAGCUUCUGACCAACAACCAAUAUAGGUCGUUGUGUCUCAAUCGAAACAGUUUUUACAUUUCGAUAGAGUUUGUGUUGAAGCAGACCAUGGGCGCCAAAGGGUCAAAGAAGUCAACCAUUGACAAUGCUGACCCCGGAAGUGGUCUAGCAGGCAAUGGUCAGCGGGACGAAACGCCUUCAGGCGAUCCUAAGCCUUCGGUUGAGACCGGGAGAGAUGCGGCUGUGAGCUCCACCGAAGCGGUUACAGCAACCCAAGCGGUUGAGACGUCGGGUGCGCAGGGAGCCUCAGGAGGUGCAGGCACGACUCCAGCUACGGAGUCCAGUAAGAAGGAAGCCACGACGGACAUUCUUGAUACAACAGGGAGCUCAGAAAAAGCGAUUUUUCCAGCUCACUGGAUUGGUUUUCGAGAGAUAUUCGUACAGUACAUUCCUGGUAAACCCUACACUCUCACCGAGUUCGGUGCCCAUCUUUACUCCUCUAAUGGACUGCAUGGACGCCAUGAGUUCAGGGCUAUCGACGGGUCAGGAUUGGCUAAAAAGGUUGGAUUGAGAUUCUGGGCUGGUGUUAAAUCAACACCGGUGUUUGCAGUGCACUGGACGGUCUAUCCACCCUUACUGUGUGCAUACAGAAACCGUGACGUCCUUUUAACCAUCAACAACCUAACCUCGGGUUUGACCAAUUCGAGUCCUCUGGCGAUUCUGGAAUGUUUUACGGACAUUGGACCCAACAUAUGCUUGGUGGUUGAGCGGAACGGAAAUGAAACGUGGCUGUUUGCUUUUCAUCUAGACGAAGAAGGCAAUCGACCGAUCGUCAAGGAGCUCUUCACCCAUAAGUUCGACCAUCACGUCAGGACGUUUACUUUUCUCGUGAUAAUUCCUCCCGAGGCAGCGUUCGAUGUGGCUGCUCAGUAUGCGUACGAAUCUUCCGCACCCGUCCAGAUAAUACUCAAAGAAGAUGACCAUUACAUGGAGAUCGAUACCGAGAAGGCGACCUUUGUGCCAGCAUCGCAAACUUUAACUUUGAACUUCUACGAAAGAAUUGACAAAAGGAAUGAGGUCGGCGAAGGGGGCAUCCCCGUUGCCAUUUCGACAUCGACGCCGUACCACAACGUCGAGAGGGACGCCGAGUCUGGAAGCUACUGCCACGACCCAAUGUGCGUCGAAGGCGUCUCCGAAGGUCCUUUGGGUGUCGUUGUUUUUCCAUACUGGAUGACGGAACGGGGCACUGUGAUUCCACAGAAUAACAUGUUCUUCCUCAGUAGUCUUGCUCCAACAGGUGAUGCUGUGUUCGAGGCUGCAAACACUCAAGAAGAACUCUACAUGGUAUCAUCAGUCUAUAACCAAGACCCAGGUGUGUUGAUUGCUAGCCUUGACAAAUCCAGCGCCGACUUUAGAGUAAUUCAGUUAGAUUCGGGAAGUCAGACGUCACUCAAGGACAUUUUCUCGAGGCUUGCCGAUCCAGAAAAACGACCGGAAUAUCCUAGUCUGUAGUAAUGUUUGUUGAUGUUGUUGAUGAUUAAAGGUAUAUUGUUUAAAUUUGUGAGCAGCCGAUUUAAAAAAUUCUUAAACCAAGAUGAAACAUGUGUACAAGUGCAUGUAUUAGAACUAAUAAACCCUGAAAACAACCAUUAUUGAGAAAGCUAAAACUACAAGGCAAACCCUGAUUUUGUAAAUAGGCGUCUUAUAGAUGCCUAAAUGGUACACAUAAGUGUAUGGGAUGGAAUUAAGAUGUUGUUUCCGGUCACUUUGUAAUACAAUUUUUGAAGCACUAGAUAAGUAUUUUCGAACGCAAUUUUUUCUGGGCUUCAUUUUUGUAACAUAUCACAGACACAGGUGACAAGUGUGACCUUCUAGCUCAGAUUUUUUAAAGUCAAACCAAUGUUAACCAAUCACUUUAAAAUAGAAAUAGUUACAAGAAAGAGAUUAUGAUAGAAAUAGAAGGGGAGGGGAAAGAUGGGGAAAAUCAGAAAUGAAUACAAAUUUAUUGUACUUUUUUAUAUGGUGUGUGGAAAUAAUUAUAACACUGUUAACAUGGUUAAGAAACCCCUGAAUUUACAGCAAAAACAAGAUUUUGCAGAAAGCAAUAACAGAAUCAUUCUAUAUUUCAUAUAGUUUUGAUAAAGGGUCAAUAAUGUAAACUUUCGGCCCCUACUUCAGUAUCAUCUAACAUUUCAACUUUUUCAAACUGCCAAAGGUUUGAGGAAAAAUCAGUCAAAAACGAAGGAAUAAGAAAUUAUUAGGUGUUUUAAGUAUUUGAUUUGUGACGUCAUAUGCGAGCAUCUUUUUCCACAUAUCAAAUAAUCAAUGAAAAAUAAUUUCCUCAGAAAGUUGAGAAUGGGUUUUACUGUGCCUUCAAUAUAUCAAUACACAAAUAAUUUCACACACCUGUUCCUAAAAAGAAACAAAAUAUGUCUUCACGAAAUAUCAAAGAUUUUAAUUCAUACAAUCAUUAAAAUAUUACAAAGCAUUUGGGGAUCCUGCUCGUUUAUGACGUCACAAAUUCCAAAAAAACCCAGCAUAAUGAAACAGUAAAAUAUAUCGAUGAAAGUUUAAGAAAUUAAUAUUCAUCACACGUUAAGGAAGGUAUUAGAAUUUCAAGUUAUUCACUGUAAAAACUGUGGUGUUAAAACUGACACCAAUUGGUGUUAAUAGAGGACCACACCCUGAGGUGUUAAAAUAACACCCUAGAGAUUGAACAUAACACCAAAGAGUGUAAAUGUAACAACCAUAGGUGUUGUAAUAACACCUACAGGUGUAAAACUAACACCACCAAUUUAACACCGGUGUAAAAUAAUUGGUGUGGUCCUAUAUGUACACCUGUUAACACCACAGUUUUUGCUGUGUUUAUUUGUGACGUCAUAGUUAUACGAGCAGCUGCUCCAUGUGAUACGUACUAUGAAAUACAUAAAUUUCAAGGUUUUAA